AUGGUAAGUGAGAGGCAAAAUGGCAGUGUCCUAGUGCAUCUUGAACUCAAGCUGCAUGCCUAUCCUGAAGAGUUAAUCCGGCAGCGCUGUGGUUACAAUGGACAUACGGAAUACCUGAUUCGCUGGAGUGUCUUCAGCUUGGAGAAUGGUACAGGAAGAAGCACAGAUGCCUCUCCAGCAGAGAGCAAAAUGGAGAACGUCCUGAUGUGGAUGUCAGCAGAUGAUGUUUAUGCAAACUGUCCCACACUCCUGGGUACUAGGAAGCCCGAGGAGAAGCCCGAGGGGAAAGCAUCAUUCCCUCCUGAUGUCCCACUGGAUGAGGCCUCGUUUUUGGAGAUGAAGGCUGAUGUCAGGAACCUGGUGCAACGGGUUGCUGAACAGAUGGUCAGCUCCACAGUCUCUCAGCCCUCCAUCCUCAAUACCAUCCAUGUGCUCAGCGCCUAUGCCAAUAUUGGCUCACUGAUAGGCGUCUUCAAGGAGACAGGUGCCCUGGAUCUGCUGAUGAAGAUGCUGUGUAAUGAGGAGAAGCAAAUCCGCCGCAGUGCUGGCAAGAUGCUGAGGGCUUUGGCUUCACAUGAUGCAGGAAGCCGAGCCUACGUUCUCUUGUCCCUGAGUCAGCAGGAUGGCAUUGAAGAUCAAAUGGACUUUGACAGUUGCUAUACUCUCCUUGAGCUGUUUGCAGAGACGACAUCCUCAGAAGAGCACUGUGUGUCCUUUGAAGGGAUCCAACUUCCUGAGAUUCCAGGGAAACUGCUCUUUUCACUGGUUAAGCGGUACCUGGGUGUCACCUCCCUCAUGGGCAAGCUGAACACCACCUCAGAGCCAGGAGGGGAGGAGGCAGGCUCUGUGCCCUCCCCUGCAAAUCAUGAGGGACAGAAAAGGAUGCAAUGUGAGUUUGACUUCAGCGUGGCCAUGGGCAGCCUCAUUUCAGAGUUGGUGCAGGUUAUGGGCUGGGAUCGUAAUCAGGAGCUCAAGGAAAGGCGACCUCGAGUUGCUAAGUCUAUCUUCCAGCCCCAGGUUCUUCCCAACUAUGCCAUCGUCCAAUCAGCCACUCACCUGCCCCAGAAAGAGAUCAGAACCUUCAAGACGCGCUCUGCCUUUCCCAGUUGCAGUGGCUAUGUGGAAUAUGUGCAAGAGAAGCUGGUGUGUGGCAUGCGCGUGCGCAUGUUGGAAGACUACGAAAAAGUAUGUGCGGGAGACGAGGGCGACUUCCUUCUCAGCAAUAAUGGCACCCCACCUGUUCAGGUUCAUUGGGAGUCUCUGGGCCAUAUAUAUUGGGUUCCUUGGCACAUGAUUGAGAUUAUCAGUGGAUCGGGUCAGGCAGAGCAGAAGGCCCUGGAAAAAGUGUCCAACCUUACAAAGACUCUGAGAGAGGAUACAGCUUCAGUUAACCAGAGGUUGUUCCAUAAGCCACUUCCGGGGCUCUGCUCACUGCCAUAUCUGACAGAUCGGAUGACUGAGAAGACUGGGACCCUGAACCUGGCCGAAUGGUGGGAGCUGCUCUUCUUCAUUAAGAAAUUAGAACCUCAGAAGCAACAGGAAAUUAUUCAGUUCAUCCAGCAAAACCAGAAGCUGUCACAGCUGGACGAAGAAGGCCUGAUCCAGCUGUCUGUGUCAACGGAGCUGGCUCAGAAAGUGCUAGAGCUCCUGAGCCAGCAGUGCCUGGGAUGCACCCAAAGGGACCUGCAACGUUGCCACGUCUAUCUCAAGUAUUGUUUCUUCAAGGGGCAGGCAAAUGAGAACUACCAAAAUGGGGACAAGAUUCCUGUGGAGUCUGGCAGCCUUCCUGAAGCCAUGGCACCCAAAACGUCAAAGGAGUCACCCUCUGCAGAAGAAGCUCUCCCAGCUCCAUCUAUGGUGGAGAAAACAGACACACAACUGAAUAAGGAGCUUUUCAGAUUGGAAGAACUUUCCUUCCCAGAAACCCUGGAGGAGAAAGCCAAAGCUUUCUGCAGUGUGAAAGUGGCAGGGAAAAAGAGCGCCUUGGAGCAGCUGGCAGAGGUGAUGGAGGUGAUCCAGAAGCCCAGUUGUGGCGUGUUGCUGCAGAUGGCCAGUCUCAGAUUCAUCACUGAUAUCUUGGAAGAGGAGCCUGGGCAACAGAAGCAGCUUGUCAAAGCAGAGGAUGAACUCGCCAUCAGGGAGAAAACAGUCAAGAUGCUGGUGGAGCUGCUGAACUGCCGAGUGGAGAAACUGCUGAUUGUGUUGGUUCUGCGGAUGCUGUAUGUGCUUCUGGCCAAAUAUGACUGGCGGAUACCCUUUGCCACCAAAGGCGGGCUGCAGGCCAUGCUGUGCUGCAUGCUGGAGUAUCCCACGUCAGCGCUGGUGCAGCAAGCUGGCCUGGCAGUGCUGAAGGUACUAUUGGGUGUUGGGAACUAUGAGCUACCAGGUGCCGGUGGAAAGUCCAACCCUCUGAACCAUUCUGAUGCCCAGAUGAUGCGGGAGAUCUUUGCCAGCAUUGGCUCUGCUUCCAGCAAAGACUCUGACAACUUGCUUUUUGCCAUCCCUGCUGCUGUUGAGAAGAUGUUGGGCACACCUGGGGCUUCUUCAGCAGUGCAAAAUGGGCUUUUGGCGUUGAACAUGCUGAUCAACAAUCACAAGGGUCUGGCGGAGCAGCUGGGAAACUGUGACCUCCACUUGGUCCUGCAGAACUGCUGCCGCUCUGGCCAGAGCUCCAAUGAGAUGCUGGCACGAAUAGUGCUUAACCGCCUGGCUGAGCAUAAGCUGACCCUGAGCCAGGAGAACGCAGACUCUGCAGCCUCCAUCAUUCUCAAGGAGACCGAAGUUACAACGCUGCUGAGCAGCCUGCGGGAGAGCAGCAUUUCCAAGGAGAUGGUGGCAGCACUGGAGUGCUGUCUGUGUGGCGUGGCUGCCUGCCCAGAAGAAAACAAUUAUGAGCUGUUCACUGAUGUGCUGCUGCUCAGAGACUUGACGCUGGUGGCAUCUGAGAAAGAUGUCAUGCUGGGAGCACUGAAGGUUUUGGACAACUGUUUGGAUAGUCCCUGGUGGGAUAAAGUGCCCUGGCAUGACUGUAUCGAGCCAUGUUUGUCUUCCAUGAGUGCCCACAUAAACGAUAGACAGAUCGUUCAGGGGUUCACCAGCUUCCUGUACUGUCUCGCCACCCUCGACAAAGAUUGUGCUGUCAUGAUGUGCUGCAUGGGUGCUAAGGAAGCCUUGACUAAAGUCCUGGAGAAACACAGCUCCAAUGUGCUGCUGGUGACCGAACUGAGGGACCUUGUGAGCAACUGCGAGAAAUAUGCCAGCCUGUAUAAGAAGAUGACAUCCAGUAUCCUGGCUGGCUGCAUCCAGAUAGCUCUGGGUCAGAUAGAAGAACACAGGCGGAGCCAUCAGCCUAUCACCAUCCCGCUCUUUGAUGUAUUCCUGCACUACCUUUGUCAAGGCUGCAGCUUGGAAGUAAAGGAUGACAAGUGUUGGGAGAGAGUGGAAGUUUCCUCCAACCCCUACCGGGCCAGCAAGCUGGUGGACGGGAACCCCAAGACCUACUGGGAAUCAAAUGGCAGCACCAGCUCCCACUACAUCAAUGUCUACUUGCUUCGAGGAGUGAUAGUCCGGAAGAUGUCUAUGUUGGUGUCCAGUGAGGAUUCCAGCUACAUGCCAGCCUGCAUUAUGGUCAUGGGAGGGGAGAGCGCCUCCAGCAUCAGCACCAAGCUCAAUGUGGUGAAUGUCCCAUCAUCAGCCAGCAGAGUGACCCUCUUGGAGAACAUGAGUUGCUUCUGGCCAGUCAUACAGAUUAAGAUCAAGCACUGUCAGCAGGGUGGCAUUGACACACGUGUGCGUGGCAUCGAGGUGCUGGGCCCCAAGCCCACCUUCUGGCCCAUCUUCAAGGAGCAGCUGUGCCGGCGCACGUUCCUCUUCUACACCACCAAGGCACACACCUGGUGCCAGGAAAUCUUAGAAGACCGGAGGCAACUGCUGCAGCUCUUCAACAGGCUGAACAGCGCUCUGCGCCACGAGCAGGAGUUUGCCGACCGCUUCCUUCCCGACGACGAGGCUGCUCAGGCCCUGGGCAAGACCUGCUGGGAUGCUCUGAUCACCCCCUUGGUGCAGAGCAUCACCUCUCCAGACCCCAGUGGGAUCAGCCCCCUGUCGUGGCUUCUGAGCCAGUAUUUGGAGAACCUGAAGGCAGCUGCAAGAGCCAAGAGACCAGCCGCCAUUUUCAACUCCCACGUGCGGCGACUGAGCCACCUGCUGGUGCACGUGGACUCCAGCGGCCCUGAGCCAGAGGAGCUGAAGGCCCCCGUGAAAGCCAAUGGGAAGAACAAGGAGUCGAGUUCUGGGGCUGCCAAGCCAGUGGAGAAGAAAGCCGGCAGCACGACCGGUAUCAUGCAGUGCUGGAAAGGGGUGGUCCAGCAGCAGGUGAAGCGGUUCCUGGAAUCCUCCUGGCAGGACCCGGACUUCGUGGAGCAAUAUUGCAACAUCUACCAGCGCCUCCGCACUGCCAUGGAGGAGCUCUUUGGGCAGCAGAUGUGCUUCAUGCUGGCCCUGCGCCAGGGCUUCUCUGGGGGGCUGCUGCAGCUCUCCUUCCUGACCGCCAUGCAUGUGAGCGAGCAGUUUGCCCGUUACAUUGAUGUGUGGAUCCAGAAGAGCUGGGCAGACUCGGGUAACGUGGAGACCCUGCGGCGCCUUCAGUGGAGCCUGGAGCCAAUCCUCUUCCUGUCUGGUCUGGAACUGGCCAACACCUUUGAGCACUUCUACCGGUACUACCUGGGCGACCGGCUCCUGUCCCAGGGCAAGACGUGGCUGGAGAGUGCUGUGGUGGAGCACAUCGGGCUCUGCUUCCCCAACCGCUUCCCCCAGCAGAUGCUGAAGAACCUGAGUGAGCUGGAGGAGGAGCAGCAGCAGUUCCACCUCUUCCAGCUGCAGCAGCUGGACAAGCACCUGCUGGAACUGGAUCAGGAUGGGAAAUACAAGGAGGAGGAGGGAGAGGUCAUGGAGGAGGAGCCGCACAGUCCGGAAGAAGAGCCGGAGGUGAAGGUGCUGGCUCUGUCUCCCCGCUGCUGGACCGUCUCCCCGCUCUGCUACCUGGAGGAGCCUGCCAGAUUUUUCCCACCAUCCCUCAGUCAGCACUUGGGCAGGUUUGCUGACUUCUAUACCCAGAGUCAGAGUCGUUUUGGGCUGCAGCACACGCAGCCACGGCGUUUGCAGUGGACAUGGCUGGGCCACGCGGAGCUGUGUUACCAGGACUGGAUCCUGCACGUGUCCACCCUGCAGAUGUACAUCCUUCUGCUCUUCAACACUGCUGAGGAGGUUCCUCUGGAGAAAUUGUUACAAGAUACAGGUCUCUCUCUGGCCCUCCUGGCUCAUGCACUGAAACCUCUGGUGGAGAAGGAGUUCCUGAUGCAGAAUCAGGGUCUGCUGAGGCUGAAUGAGAAGAUGCUGGCCCAGUUUUCUGGCCAACACUUGGCUCUGCUACCAAAACGGGCAUACUUGAACGUGGUGCAGAAUGAGGGCAGCUCUUUGGAGAAGAGACGGAACUUCAUCUGCAGCCUCAUCCUCCAGAUCCUCAAAGAAGAGAAGGCGAUGCACAUUGACAGACUUGUGUUCAGGGUGAUUGAUGACUGCCAGAAAUUGGACUCUGACUCUGCACCGAAGUUCUUGAACUACCGUCGCAGCAGCAGCACAGAUAUCCUGUCUUGUGUCCUGCAUCUGCUGAAGCAGGGCUCCAUCCAGCGCCAGGACAAGAGGCCGCAGCUCCUGGAGUACAUCUCCCCUGAUCUCCCAACCCCAGUACUGCCAAAGAACCAGCCUCAAGUCGCAUUUCAGACCGUCCAGAUCAAGAAAGUGCCCAGCGUGCCCUGUGUAGAGAAGAGGCAGACUUUCUCUACCUUCAGGGAGGAGCUGCACCGAUCCAUUUGCAGAUUCAUCCUGCUGCUGGCCAAGGCUGAUGGCUCAUUCAUGGGAGGAGAGUACAAGGCAGCUCCAGCACCUUCUGUCACCAAUAUCCUAUGCAAAAAAGCCACACAGUACAUUGGGGGUCAAGAGGAGUCUUGUGAAGAACUGGAGUACAAGGCUGUCACCUUUUUGGAUUAG